CUCUCUCUAUUUAUGUACCUCAUAUAUCACAUUACCGUACAUUCUCUAUUCAUUUUGAACCAUACAUACAAAAAUAUCAUUUUCCUUAACUCAUAGCUAGUACAGUACCUUAUGUUAUAAUUUUUUAAUCAAUCAAUACAAGAUGAUGAUGAUUACACAAAGUGUUGUUGUUUCUCCAAUUUCUCAAACAUCUUCUUCUCAAUGCUUCCCCAUGCAAAGAUUGCAAUUGGGUACGAAGGCUCAGUUGUCAAAUCAACGUAUCAGCCGUAGAAAUGGUAAUGACUUUAGUAAUGGCAACAGAAAGUUGAACUUCAGCUGGAUGGCUACUGUUGGAGAGAAUGUGAAACCAACAACACCAGUGACACCAACAUCGGUCCCAGUUCGUGUGGCGCAUGAGCUUCAUCAAGCAGGUCACCGUUAUCUGGAUGUUAGGACUCCUGAAGAGUUCUCUGCUGGACAUGCUGUUGGGGCCAUCAAUGUUCCUUAUUUGUUCAGACUUGGAUCAGGGAUGACUAAGAACCCGGAUUUUAUCGAGGAAGUGUUGUCCCAUUUCGGAAAAGAUGAUGAAAUUCUCGUUGGAUGCCAAUUGGGCAAAAGAUCGCUCAUGGCUGCUUCCGAUCUUCUUUCAGCUGGUUUCACGGGCAUAACUGACAUAGCAGGUGGAUAUGCUGCAUGGAAUCAGAAUGGGCUUCCGACAGAGUCCUAAAUCGGAAGAUUAGAACCAUCGUAAAUAAAGGUUUUUUGAUGCAAAGAAGAAAGCAUCAAUGAUAGUUUGUAAAUAGAGAAAAGUUCAUAUAUGAUGCACAUAUAGCUAUAGCUAGCGAAGGGAAUUGGUGUUUUUCUUGAUCUAUGAAAGGACAAGAUGACGACCUUCAUCCCGUGUCACUGCAGUUGUGAAUUGUGAUUGCUAAUGAAUAACAAAACUAUAUAAAAGGUUAUUAUCUUUUGUAAA